AUGCCAGGUACCGCCGCAGAGCUCACCACCCCGCCCGUCACCGGCGCACCCGCCCAAGCCUCGCCAAAGGCCUCGGCGCCCAUCGACCAACCCGACUCCGCAGCAAAGGCCCUCGCCGCCCGCCGCGAGAGCACCUCGAUCGACAACUCGCUCAAGGCCGCACUCGAGAAGCCCUCGAACGCCGCCACCCAGGCCACGGCCGCCGCCAAGGAGGAGUCGGCAAAGCUCAAGGAGUUCGUCCAGGACGACCGUCACUUCUCGCUCGUCAGGAACUUCCGCCUCGCCGACUGCGUCACCCUCGGCAACGGCUUCUGCGGCGCCCUCUCGCUCUUCUCGUCGGCCGAGUACCUGCGCACCAACGACCAGCGCUUCCUCUGGCGCGCCCUCGCCUUCCCCCUCCUCGGCAUGAUCUUUGACGCGCUCGACGGCAAGGUCGCGCGCUGGCGCCGCGAGAGCAGCAUGCUCGGCCAGGAGCUCGACAGUCUCGCCGACUCGAUCUCGUUCGGCGUCGCACCUGCUUUCGUCGCGUGGACCCUCGGCCUGCGCACCCCGAUCGACACGGCCUUCCUCACGCUCUUCAUCUGCGCCGGCAUUGCGCGCCUCGCGCGGUUCAACGCGACCGUCGCGCUCGUGCCCAAGGACGACACGGGCAAGAGCAAGUACUUCGAGGGCCUUCCGAUCCCGUCGAGCCUGUUCAUCUGCGCUGGCAUGGCCGUGUGCGUGUACCAGGGCAGGUUCGACGGCCCGCAGGGGCAGGGCAACGGCCUCCCGUGGGGGCUCGUCGAGCCCCUCCGCGAGCACGUCGGCGUCGAGGUGCACUGGUUCGCCGUCCUGUUUGCCGGCUGGGCCGCCGCCAUGGUCAGCAAGACGCUCAGGAUCCCCAAGUUCUGAGCGUGUCGAGCCCCUCCCCCCCUCCUGCGCUCAGUCCUCCUCCCUGCGGCGGCCCUCUCCUCGCCUUCCUCACCUCCCCUCCUCGGGCUCGAGCCCUCUUCCCUCUCUCUACCUGUACCAUCCCUCGUCCACCCACUGCGCUUCCCUUUCACUCGGUACUGUCGUCGAGCGUUCGCAAUGAGCACGUCGUGAACUUUCCCU